AGCACGGCACCCGAGUCGGAAGGCACGGCACUGUUGCUAGAGGACUUUAGUCUGAGCCCAAGCUUUUAUGGUUUUGCCCUGCAUCACUGACCUGCACAACACACUGUGGAGGGUGUGAAAUUCUGCAGAAACUGGCAACUUGGAUGUGGUUCAGGAGGAGCACACGGUCGGGACCAGAGCUUUUAGCAGUCAAUGUGUGCCAGGUUGGAAGGCUCUUGCCUUUUCCAGUUGAACACUUCAAAUAACAUCUCAUCAUUAUUUAAGUAAAUUCCGUGCUAACUCACAGGUCCCUUGUAGGGAGCCUGGAAAUACCUUCAGUAGGGCUGCUAACACUGAUGAGAGAUCUUUUAUGCCAAGGUCGUCGCUCUCUGAACAGACCACACCAUGCGUGAGUACAAGCUGGUGGUCCUUGGUUCAGGAGGUGUGGGGAAGUCUGCUUUGACUGUACAGUUUGUUCAGGGAAUUUUUGUUGAAAAAUAUGACCCAACAAUAGAAGAUUCAUACAGAAAGCAAGUGGAAGUAGACUGUCAACAGUGUAUGCUUGAAAUCCUCGAUACAGCAGGGACAGAGCAAUUUACAGCAAUGAGGGAUCUCUACAUGAAGAAUGGCCAAGGGUUUGCACUAGUAUAUUCUAUAACAGCACAGUCCACGUUUAACGACUUACAGGACCUGCGGGAGCAGAUUUUACGGGUCAAGGACACUGAAGAUGUUCCAAUGAUUCUGGUUGGCAAUAAAUGUGACCUGGAGGAAGAACGUGUAGUUGGCAAGGAACAGGGUCAAAACUUAGCAAGACAGUGGUGUAACUGUGCCUUUCUAGAAUCGUCUGCAAAGUCUAAAAUCAACGUUAAUGAGAUCUUUUAUGACCUGGUCAGACAGAUAAAUAGAAAAACACCAGUGGAAAAGAAGAAGCCUAAAAAGAAAUCAUGUCUGCUGCUCUAGAGUCCCGUCGUGCAGCAGCUCUGAGCCAGAUUGCAGGAAUGAAGAACUGUUGCCUAAAUGGAAAGUGCCAGCGCUCCCGACUUCAAGACCUUAUGGAAAUUAAUGACAUAUCUGAAGAAGCUUCUCCUGUUUUUAUAUACCAUGGGAAGAAUUUAGAUCCUAAAAUGGUUUGCACACAGUCCCUGGAAAAAUAAAUUGCUCUGUGUAUAUCUCUUGGAAAUUUAAGAUAAUAGUAUUCCUCCUUUGCAAUAGCAGUUAACAGAUGUGAAAAUAAAUACAAUUGACUCUAGUGUAUGAUUAUACAAAGGAGCAUGGAUGCAUUUCAAAUGUUAGAUAUUGCUACUAUGAUUAAAAAUUCAUAUUGACCCUUUAAUCAUAAUUUCUCCCCGUCAUGCACUAAAAAUGUUCCACCAUUAUAUUUUAUAUCUAUAACUAUAGAUAUAUAUUAUCUGAGAUGUUCCUCUCAACUCACUGCAGCAAAUAACUUGUUAAGUCAUUGACUUAAUUUUAUAUUUAAAAGUUAAAGAAUAUCAUUAUUUUCAUUCUGCCAUUAUAUUCUAAUUAAAAAUGUUUGUGCAUAAUGCUUUGGAAAAAUGAGUCUUUUAUAGAAAAAAAACCUGGGAUAACUGAUUUCUAUGGCUUUAAAAGCAAAAAAAUAUAUAUAAUUUACUAAACCAACCCUAAUAUUGCUUCAUGUGUUUUUCUCUCACAGAUUAAAUUACAGCUUUUAUGAAUGAUUAAAUUUUAGUACAUUUUCAUUUUGUUUCUGUGUUUUUGUUACGGUUUCCAGGCUUUGUUUUUUAUCCAUGUUUUGUGAAUUCCUCUUCCAUUCUGGUAGAGCAAGGACUUUGUUCUGAUGGAUGCCACCAGGACGUCCUUCACGUGCCCACCUCGUUGGACGUGUUUAACCCCACCACUCACUGAAGUGCAGAUGGCUGCUUUGAGUUACUUUUGUAUAUUCUUUUGAAUGUCUAAAGAUUGUAUUCUGCUGAAAAUAUUUUCCUCUGUACAAUUAUUUUUGUAUGUACCAAUUUGGUUUGAUGCUGUACCAGGGUCUGACUGUGAUCUUCAGUUUCAGCUGUCCGUGUACUUGGUGUCCCUGCUUUGGCAGAGCUGGGGCCCUGGUGACCCCCAGGGGCAGCACCUCUACCCCAGCCUGUGGAGCUGAAGGUUGGUUCUGUCUAAAUGCAGUUUCUACAAAGCAAGCAGCUGCUUUUCCACCCUUAGACAAAACCUGGCCCAUGUUACCUGAUCUGCACAGUCAGCUGGAGGGGCUUUUUUCACUUUGGGUUCGUUUCUUUGUUUUAAAUACCUGUUGGUUCCAUCAAGUUCAGAAAAGCAGGGUAUGAAGAGGCCUGUGGAUGCUCUGCCUCCAUCCUCCUGUGUGUGUGCAAGUAAAUCCCAUCCUGGGUGUGAUGCUGCUGGAAUUCCUGCAGUCUUGGAGGACUUGCUCCUGCUUUGCUUCUGAGUAAGUGAGAAGAGAAAUGUAUCUUCACAGUGGAGAAAACUCAGGACGGACCUGGUCCUGGUUGUUCAGAUGGGAAAACUAAAUGUAAUACUGGUGAGCAGUUGUUCCUGGACCUGUUGGAUAGUUUUAUUGGAAACCAGGGGGGAGAAGUUUCUAUAAAUAGGUUUUUCUAAAACUGUUACUGAUGCAGCUGUUGAAUUAUACAGAGAUCCCAGUUUCUAAACGCAGCCCAAACAAGACUGGAUGAAAAUAUUUGGAUUACAAUAAUGUGAACACAUCUGCCUACUUACAAGCUACUAGGACAAAUGUAGUUACUUAGCUGGUUGUCUUCAACCUACCUCUGCUCUUCCUUUUUCAGGAGGAGCAGCAGCAUGGUAUUUGCAGGUUGGUUAUCUUUACUAAAUGUAAAAAUAUUUUAGUAAUAAAGUAAUUUUAAUGUA